AAUGUUUUGCCACCUUCUAAAAUGAUUUUUAAUAUUUAUAGAUGUCUCAGUACAACACCCGUAAAAAACACAACCUAGGAAGCGUGGAGGGUGAAGUGAAUACAACGAAACCAAUAAAGCAAGAAAUACUGAUGUGGCAGAACACGGCAGAAGUGUUACAAAAUAAAGUUCAUGAGCUGGAAGCCUUGAACAGUGAACUUCGCCAGCAAGUAGUGGAGCUUUCAAUGCAGCAGCAAAAUGAUCUGAUUCCUGGUACAUCAGUUGGACGUGAAGAAUCCAGUGCUGUUGACCUAUUUAGUGAUGAGAACGCAUCAACGGAUGUAGAGUCAUCAGUGACAGACGAAUCCUGUGAUGACACCUCUUCCAGUUCCAGUUCAGAAGAGACUCGAGAAGAAAAACAACAGCAAGAAACAGAGAAAGAACAAGAAGAAGGACAAGAAGAAUAAAUAUGACAAGAUAAACGAGGUCCAGUUUUAUUUUAUGGUAGUUAUUUCUGUUUACAUCAUAAU